GCGGAAGGAGGCUGGAGGUGGAUGAGAGGGGUCCGCCCGAGGCGUGGGCCGCCCAUAAACAACAACAACAACAACAAAACAGCCACCACACCGACACGCACUCAAAUCACAGCGGUAGACAUUUGACGAGCAAAACACAACCCGUCGCGGGCUUGUUAUUUUUGUUGUUGUAACGCUAAGUGCGAUUUAGCAUAAAACACGGGUAACAUUGACUCGGGCGGCGGUGGCUGGGUGGGUGUCGUCGCCACAGCUGUCAGAGAGAGCAAAAAAAAUCGCCGUUCGUGGUUCAAUAAAAAAAAUAUUAAAGGGCGGGGGACCGGCCAGACGACCCGGCGCCCUGGAGUGGGCGGGCGAGCAGCGCAGAGCCCUCGCAUUUAUUCAUUAACAACGCCGCCCCACAAUCACACACAAUCACAGCAGCAGCAGCAGCACAACUCACCCGGCUAAUUAACGACGCGAAAUCAACAACGAGCCCCGCCAGCCCAACCCGGCGAGCGAGUCGCCAUGGAGCUGGACGAUGGCGUGCUGUACCAGGACGACUGCAACGUGUCCGUCAUGUCGGAGCGGGUGUCGGGCCUCGCCAGCAGCAUCUACACGGAGUUCGAGCGCAUGAUCCGGCGCUACGACGAGGACGUGGUGAAGGAUCUGAUGCCGCUGGUGGUGAACGUGCUGGAGAACCUGGACGCGGUGUUCACCGAGAACCAGGAGCACGAGAUCGAGCUGGAGCUGCUCAAGGAGGACAACGAGCAGCUGAUCACGCAGUACGAGCGCGAGAAGGCGCUGCGCAAGCAGACGGAGGAGAAAUACAUCGAGUUUGAAGAUGUCCUGGAGCAAGAGAAGAAGGACCUGCAGAUGAAGGUGGAGGGCUUGGAGCUUCAGUCCAGGCAGCUGGAGCUGAAAGUAAAAAACUACUGUGACCAAAUUACGAGGCACGACGAGAGGGAGGCGGAGAUGAAGCGGGAAUACAACAUGCUGCACCAGAGGCACACAGAGAUGAUUCAGACGUACAUGGAGCACAUGGAGCGGACCAAAGCUCAGCAGGCAAACGCCGGUCAGCCCGACGGCUCCCAGACUUCUCGUAAAACCCGCUUCCACUGGAGAAGCAGGAAGGAGCAAAAGGGGCUCGUUGGCCCCGAGGUGCAGCCGGGCGGCGGGGACCAGCGGAAGGAGCGGCCCGCCUCGCUGAGCCUCUUCCCGUUCGGGGCAGUCGAGGCGGAGGCAGGCGUGUGCGCCGAUCCGCCGUGCGAGGGCGACACUCCGGGCAACGAGAGCUGGGAGCGGCCCUGCCCCGAGUCGGGCCGCUCGGUGCAGGUGAUCGCCAACGCCAGCAUCAAGGGAGGGGACAAUAUGCCGGAGGAGGCCCACACGAGUGCCCAUAGUAAAUUAGCUUCUGUUGCAGAAGAGGCCGCGGAAGGAACCAAGGACGAGCUGUCCAACUCAAGCCAAUCGUCGGUGGCUGCCACGCCGAGCACGGGCGGUACCAAGUCUGCAACGCCGUCCUCCUCGCUGCCGUCCGACGUCCUCUCCCCGGCCGGCGGCGACACGGCCGCCGGUCUGGCGGCGGCGGCGCGCGCCGGCGGGCGGAGGCUCGGGAGCAGGCACACGGAGGUGCAGGCCUCGCAGGAGACCAAGAACGUGUCCAUAGGGAUGGAGAGCAGUGACGAGUGGUCGGAGAUCCAGGACAUCAUCGACUCCACCCCAGAGCUGGACAUGGUGCCGGAGGCUCCCCUCGACGGCUUUGGCGGCACCAGCACCCCCACCCAGGGCAUCGUGAACAAGGCCUUCGGAAUCAACACGGACUCCCUCUACAAGGAGCUCUCCACCGCAGGGUCGGAGGUCAUCGGGGAUGUGGACGAGGGGGCGGACCUUCUCGCGCGCGAUAACUUUUAUGGAAUGGGCCGUGAAGUCGAGAAUCUCAUCCUGGAAAACACGCAGCUCAUGGAGACCAAGAACGCGCUGAACAUCGUGAAGAACGACCUGAUCGCCAAGGUGGAUGACCUGGCGAGCGAGCACGAGGUGCUGCGCGGGGAGCUGGAGAGUGCACGCCAGGCCAAGGCCAGGGUGGAGGCCCGCGUGAAGGAGCUCGACGAAGGAGCUGAAAGAGGUGAGUUGAAAACCGAAGCAGACAAGUUCCGAAAGUUUAAGAAGGAAGAACCGGAUGACGAGGACGUGCCGAUGGCGCAGCGCAAGCGCUUCACACGCGUGGAGAUGGCGCGCGUGCUCAUGGAGCGCAACCAGUACAAGGAGCGGCUCAUGGAGCUUCAGGAGGCGGUGAGGUGGACCGAGAUGAUCCGGGCGUCGCGAGAGCACCCUUCCAUCGUGGAGAAGAAGAACAAGUCUUCCAUCUGGCAGUUCUUCAGCCGUCUGUUCAGCGGCUCCAACGCGGCGCAGCCCAAGAAGCCGUACCACGCGGUGAACAUCAAGUACAGCGCCCCCAACUCGGGCGGCGGCGGCGGAGGCCUGGCCCGGCGGAGCGCCACGCUGUCCCAGCUGCCCAGCGACAAGUCCCGCGCGCUCGACUUCCUGCACGAAAAGAAGGUCCGGUCUAAGGAAGACGUCGUCCUUUCCAAAGGAUUGCCCAAACACAGCGAGAACACGUCGGCGGCGCGGCGCGAGCAAAAGCGCGAGCAGUACCGGCAGGUGCGUGCCCACGUCCAGAAGGAGGACGGGCGGCUGCAAGCCUUCGGCUGGAGCCUGCCGCCCAAGCACAAGCAGAGUCCCAACGAAGGGCAAGAGGACAACAAGGUGGUUAACAUGGCCAUCCCGGUGUACUGCAGGCCGCUCGUGGAGAAAGACCCCACGAUGAAGCUGUGGUGUGCAGCCGGUGUGAACCUGGCCGGGGGGCCCUCGCCCGCCUCUCCCGCCAUCCGGAGGCGCAUGUCGCCCUCCCUCACCAACGGGGACAGCCAGUACGACAAGAAGGAGGCGACGCCGAGCCUGGUGUGGAUCUGCACGAGCACGCACUCCACCAGCAAGGUGAUCAUCAUCGACGCGAACCAGCCGGCCAACAUCAUGGACCAGUUCGUCGUCUGCAACUCGCACAUCCUCUGCAUCUCCAGCGUGCCCGGCUACCAGGAGGGCGACUACCCGGCCGGGGAAGUGGUGACGGACACGGGCACUCCCAGCAGCCCCCCGGAGGGCAGCCCUGGCGAAGGGGUCCUCGGAGCCAUCACCCUGGUCGGCUCGUGUGCCGCCGUCGGAUGCAAGAGCCUGCAGACGGACAGCCCCUCCUGCUCCGACACGCCCGGCUCCGAGAAGGGCGCCGCCGGUCGCUCCGCCGCGUCGGCUCCGGCCUCCGGCGCCGCCACCGCUGCCGGAGGGACCUCGUCGUCGUCGCAAGACGAGGAGGACGGAGGCGCUUUCUGCCCGGACGCCCCGAACACGGAGGAGGCCACGGAGGCCACGGAGAUCGCCGCCGGGGCGACGGACGUGGACUCGGCCGCCAACGUGCCGGGCUCGGAGCGGCUGGGGCCGCACACGGAGCACGUGUUCACCGACCCGCUGGGCGUGCAGAGCCCCACGGAGACGGCCCGCGAGCACCCCACCGGCAGUGGGGUGGACGACCCCCUGACAAGAGAGGGGUCCCCCUCACCCUCCUCAGAGCAGGACCCGUCGGCCUGCGACGGCGAGCUGAGCAGCAUGCUGCCCACCAUGUGGCUGGGCGCGCAGAACGGAUGCCUUUAUGUGCACUUGGCAGCCCGGCACUGGAAAAAGUGUUUACAUACCAUCAAGCUGAAGGACGCGGUGCUGAGCAUCGUGCACGUCAAGGGCAGGGUGCUCGUCGCCUUGGCUGAUGGCACACUCGCCAUUUUCCACCGUGCCACAGAGGGCUGCUGGGACCUCUCCAACUAUCACCUGCUGGACCUGGGCCGGCCCCACCACUCGAUCCGCUGCAUGACGGUGGUGCACGACCGCGUGUGGUGCGGCUACCGCAACAAAGUGCACGUGGUGCACCCCAAGAACAUGCGCAUUGAGAAAUCGUUUGAUGCGCACCCACGCAAGGAGAGCCAGGUGCGGCAGCUGGCGUGGAUCGGCGACGGCGUGUGGGUCUCCAUCCGGCUGGACUCGACGCUGCGGCUCUACCACGCGCACACGCACCAGCACCUGCAGGACGUCGACAUCGAACCCUACGUCAGCAAGAUGCUGGGCACAGGGAAGCUGGGCUUCUCCUUCGUGCGCAUCACGGCGCUGCUGGUGGCCUGCAACCGCCUGUGGGUGGGCACGGGCAACGGCGUCAUCAUCUCCAUCCCGCUCACCGAGACUGUAGUGCUCAUGGAGGGACGUGUGUUGGGUUUGCGGGGGAGGGCGUCUCCUGCGACCGGCGCCCACACGGACGAGGAAACGAGCGGAGAAGAUCAGGCGCCGGUCCCCGCCUCCUUCAUCCCCUACUGCUCCAUGCUGCAGGCCCAGCUGUGCUUCCACGGUCACCGCGACGCCGUCAAGUUCUUCGUGGCCGUGCCGGGCUCGGCGCGAGCGUGCCUGCUGAGCAGGAGCUGCUCGGAGAACUUUGGGGAGAAGACUGCGCUGUCCCCCACGAGCGAGACGCACCACCCCAUGGUGCAGCAGCCGCAGCAGCACCUCAAGUCCAUGCUGGUGAUGAGCGGCGGAGAGGGCUACAUCGACUUCCGCAUCGGCGAUGGGGAAGAGGAGGACACCGAUGACAGCUUGGGGAAGUUGAAACCCGUCGUCACGAAAGCCGAGCGUAGCCACCUCAUCGUCUGGCAAGUUAUGUGCCCCGAAGAGUGAUGGCAGCCACAGAGCGGGAGUGCUCCAAGAGUCGCCUAUUCACCCGCACUGCCGGAUCCAUGGGGGGGGAGGGGGUGGGCGAGUGGUCACGUGACCCCGCGCGCUUACUCCCCCACCCGCUCGCUCGCCGACCGGUGUCGUUGGAGUGUGGAGAACUUUCUCCAGCAGUCCGGUUCCAAACGAGCUCAUUGUACUCACUUUGUGCUGCACUAAAAGAGAAAACGAAAUCCACCCCCCCCUCCUCCUCCCCCACAUUAAAAAUGGAACUCCCCGUCGGUCAGGUGUCCACACGCUGACGAACGCGAGUUUGCAUGCGACAGCGACGCGUUCCAUUUUACGCCCGGGGGUGUUACCGAGCCGCCGCUGUCGUGGCUGCCCCCCGGGGGGCGUGAACGCCGAAGCCGCCCCCAUUUGAUUCGUCGAGUUGUGCAUUUUUUUUUUGUAUCGGUGUUAAUUUUUCGAAAAUCUCACUAAUCAAUGAAAACCCUUCACGUGCCCAUGUGAUUAAUCGUGUGACAGAAAGAAGAUAACUUUGGACCACACGGCAGGCCCCUCGGCGGUGGCUGUAGAGUUGAGCUCACCGUGGUGUGGUCACCCCCCCCCCCCGGGGUUGCGUGCCGCGCUCACGGGGCUGUUGACAACCGCUGAGUGAAUUGAAGCCGGUCGGACUUCAGCAGUCCUAAGACACUUUACAUCAUCGUAGCAAGGUGGCAGCGAUUGCUUCGGUCGAUUGCGGACUUCGACACAAACGUGCAGCGAAACAUCCCCGAGCUUCGUUUUAACUUUCCUGUAAAAAAAAUCCAAGUUUUGCUAAACUUGAAAGAUGCCGAAUCAGACAAAUGUAUGCUCCGUAUAAAGAAACAUUUGUGGAAGUCAUUGCCUGGGGCAGUGUUUAUGCAGCCUUAAUUGUAUGCGAAUGAAACACGGGCACAGGAGCGCGUACUUAAUCUUGAACCCUCGGUGAACAUGUGCGGACUUGGGUGGUUGCGUUUAUUAUUUUUGUUAUUUUAUUUAUUCAACUUGAUUUUUUUGUGUUGUCCGUUUGCGAUGACGGCUCUCGUCAUGUUGCACAGCGCACCGAGGACGGCGCGGUGAGACCACAGGGAAAAGCAUCCCUCACCCUCGUCCUUGCUCCACACAAAAUGAAAUAACGCAUUUGGGAUCCCCACCCACCUCCUCCCCCACUUGAAAAUGAAAUGUAAUGCAGUCUUAUGGAGCCAGCUGCCCUGCACAGAGUGGGUGGGUUAGAGGAUAGGAAAGUAUCGGAAACUUUACACAAAGUUUUCCCGAAGGUUCGCCACAAUUCCACCGUGGAUCGUGUGCAACGGCUUGUCAUCUGAUCGGUAUUCCCGAUGUUAACAUAGUAAGUUGAAAGUUGUGAAUCAAAAAAACCUUUUUUUAAAUGCAAAAAACUGUAAAGUUAUUGAUUUUCCAUGUUUGUUGAACUUCGCACCGUACGUAGCCAGCUAAUCUGGAGGUUUGGUGGAAGGACAACAGUGCAUCACUUUGGAAUUCCAAAUGCUAAUACACACACAGGGUCCGAUUCACACCCCCUCCCCCCCCCCCAUUGCGCUCCGGUCUGCCGUUCCCGAAGUCGGCUAAAGUUGCGUGAGCAUCGUUUUGUGGCCCCAAACCUGUGGCGAGAAUUUGCGGUGGUCGCCAACCCCCCGGGGGGAAGUCCAUCGAUGAUCAAGCCCCAGCCCCGGCUCCGAGUCAUACACGGUGGAGCUCGCGCGAGCACUUUGCGCAAAACCUUGCCACGUGAGCAACUCGGGGCACCUUAAAUCCUUCUUUUAAAUCUUUUACCUCGGCUUAACAGCAUGUUUGUGUAAACACUACCCGUUUUAAAAUAUAAAAAACCCCAUGCAACUAAUUCUGUACAGAUCCAUAACUUGCUAAACAAAGGAACCUGCUGUUACUCUCGACUUGUAAUUAAUGAACAAAUGCGGAUGAAAUUGUUGUGCACAUUGUGUAAACGUUAAAGGUGUGUGUGUGUGUGCCGUCUAACGCCGUUGCUGGUGUGGUGUGUACAUUGAGAACAAUAACUGCUGUUAAUGUAGGUGCAUAACAAGCAUGGUUUCCCUGUAUUAGUGCAACGUCAUUGCAGCUGUUGUGUUUGUGUCGAAGCAUAUCCUCCUUGUACCAUAUCAAUGUACCCACGUGAUGUUGUCCAAGCACCUAUAAAGCAGUAUUUGUGCGUCACAGAA